UACAUAUGAGAUGACGUCAAACAUGAAACAAAUACGUUCUGAAUGUUAAUAAAAGGCGAGUGCGACAGAGAGAGAGAACACACAUUCCAUUUUUAACAAGGCCCACAUACUAUUGACGCGACGGCUUAGCGAAUAGCGAUUGCCGGCUAGUAUUUAUUUAUCACAAUUCAGUCUAUUCGUUUGCAGUGAGCAGACUGCGGUGAAGUUUUAAAUAUUCUUUGAGCGACAAAAAUCUAACACAAUGCCGAAGGUCGUGUUCCAUUACUUUGGGGCGAAGGCGCUGGGCGAGAGCCAACGCAUGCUGCUGGCGUACGGCGGCCAGGAGUUCGAAGACCACCGCGUCGAGUAUGAACAGUGGCCCGAGUUCAAACCAAAUACUCCGUUCGGUCAGAUGCCGGUACUAGAGAUUGAUGGUAAGAAGUACGCGCAGAGCUUGGCAAUCAGCCGCUACUUAGGCCGCAAGUACGGCCUCGCUGGCAACGACAUCGAGGAGGACUUCGAGAUCGAUCAAAUCGUCGACUUCGUGAAUGACAUCCGAGCCAGCGCAGCGUCAGUGGAGUACGAGCAAGAUGCAGCGAACAAGGAGGUGAAGCACGAGGAAAAUAUGAAGAACAAGUACCCGUUCCAGCUGAAUAAGCUGAGCGAGAUCAUCACCAAGAACAACGGUUUCCUCGCAUUAGGCAGGUUGACUUGGGCCGACUUCGUGUUCGUGGGCAUGUUCGACUAUUUGAAGAAGAUGCUGCGCAUGCCAGAUCUUGAGGAGCAGUAUCCUAUCUUCAAGAAGCCCAUUGAAACUGUCCUGUCCAACCCAAAACUGAAGGCGUACCUCGACUCCGCCCCUAAAAAGGAGUUCUAAAUCGUUAAGCGAGGGAUGAAAAGAUAUUAAUAUAAUUGGUUUUCAACCAAAAAAUGGAGGCUUACUUUAUUGAAUCUUCUCAAAAUUAUUAAUUAACCAUUGAUUUAUUUGUAACUAUUUCAGUAAGAUUAAAUCACUUUUCACUUCUUAAUGUGUAUUCACCCAUAAAUAUACCAGUAUAUUUUAUGUGUAUAUCAGUAUUAAGUCUGUAUGUUAAUAAUAAUAAAAAUUACAUAAUCUGGA